CCUCCUUCCCUCCCUCCCUCCCUCUCCUCUUUCUUCUAACCCAUGUUCCCUCCCUCCCUCCUCUUUCUUCUAACCCAUGUUCUCCUCCUCCCCUCCAGGUAAUGUCCUGACCCACCUGGGCCAUUCGUUCUUCACCCAGAGUUUCCUUGGCAGCAGGGAGCAUGGAGGUUUCCUCUACGUCACCCCGUCUUUCCAGUCCCUCCAGGACCUGAUGCUCCCCAACCCCCCCUACCUGUUUGGGGUGUUGCUGCAGAAGUGGGAGACCCCCUGGGCCAAGAUGUUCCCCAUCAGACUCAUGCUGCGGCUGGGCGCCGAGUACAGAUUCUACCCCUGCCCUCUGUUCAGUGUGCGCUUCAGAAAACCCCUGUUUGGAGAGACAGGUCACACCAUCAUGACCCUGCUAGUGGACUUGCGUAACUACCAGUACACGUUGUCCAUGGUGAAGGGUCUGGUGGUGGACAUGGAGGUGAAGAAGACCUGCAUCAAGAUCCCCAGCAACCGAUACAACGAGCUGAUGAAGGCGAUGAACAAGUCCAACGAACACGUCCUGGCCAUGGGGGCGUGUUUUAACGAGCAGGCCGACUCCCACCUGGUGUGUAUUCAGAACGACGACGGAAACUACCAGACACAGGCCAUCAGUAUCCACCACCAACCACGCAAAGUGACUGGCGCCUGCUUCUUUGUGUUCAGUGGUUCUCUGAAGGCAGCUUCUGGAUACCUGGCCAAGACCAGCAUUGUGGAAGAUGGUGUGAUGGUGCAGAUCACAGCAGAGACCAUGGAUGUUCUACGGCAAGCCCUCAGGGACAUGAAGGACUUUAGUAUCACCUGUGGCUGGGCAGACCAGGAGGACAGCCAGGAGCACGUUCACAUACAGUGGAUCGAUGACGAUCACAACUUUUUCAAUAAGGGGGUAAUUAGUCCUAUUGAUGGGAAGUCUAUGGAGUUCAUCACCAGCGUGAAAAUCUUCCACGGUUCAGAGUUCAAGGCUAAUGGGAAGGUCAUCCGCUGGACGGAGGUGUUCUUCCUCCAGAGUGAUGACCAGGACCAGCCCAACGGUCUGAGCGACCCUGCUGACCACAGCCGCCUGACGGAGAACGUGGCGAGGGCAUUCUGCGUGGCGCUCGGCCCACACCUCAAACUGCUGAAGGAGGAUGGCAUGGCUAAGCUGGGCCUACGGGUCACCCUCGAGUCUGACCAGGUGGGUUACCUAGCAGGUAGUAACGGCCAGCCUCUCCUCUCCCAUUACCUGAGUGACCUGGACAGUACUCUGAUCCCUGUCAUCCACAGAGGGGCGUGUCAACUCAGCGAGGGACCUGUCGUCAUGGAGCUGGUCUUCUACAUCCUGGAAAUUCUCUCCUAGGAGACGGAGACACUGCUUAGCAAUGGACCAUCACCCCAGACUCCGAUCUCCUAGUUCUCUCUCUCGUCCUCAUCCUCUUUUUUUCCCCUGCCAUCUUGCCUCUUCCAUCUCUUCAGAGGCUGAAGGCUGUGAGGGACAGCUAGCUAAUGUUGCUAUCCCUUCACCAGACAGCUAGCUGUGGGGGACAGUUCCCAGCUAGCUAAUGUUGCUAUCCCUUCACCAGACAGCUAGCUUUGGGGGAUAGUCCCCAGCUAGCUAAUGUUGCUAUCCCUUCACCAGACAGCUAGCUGUGGGGGACAGUUACCAGCUAGCUAAUGUUGCUAUCCCUUCACCAGACAGCUGUGGGGGACAGUUCCCAGCUAGCUAAUGUUGCUAUCCCUUCACCAGACAGCUAGCUGUGGGGGACAGUUCCCAGCUAGCUAAUGUUGCUAUCCCUUCACCAGACAGCUGUGGGGGAUAGUUACCAGCUAGCUAAUGUUGCUAUCCCUUCACCAGACAGCUGUGGGGGAUGGUUACCAGCUAGCUAAUGUUGCUAUCCCUUCACCAGACAAACAGCUGUGGGGAUAGUUCCCAGCUAGCUAAUGUUGCUAUCCCUUCACCAGACAGACAGCUGUGGGGAUAGUUCCCAGCUAGCUAAUGUUGCUAUCCCUUCACCAGACAGACAGCUGUGGGGAUAGUUCCCAGACAGCUAAUGUUGCUAUCCCUUCACCAGACAGCUAGCUGUGGGGGACAGUUACCAGCUAGCUAAUGUUGCUAUCCCUUCACCAGACAGCUGUGGGGGAUGGUUACCAGCUAGCUAAUGUUGCUAUCCCUUCACCAGACAGACAGCUGUGGGGAUAGUUCCCAGCUAGCUAAUGUUGCUAUCCCUUCACCAGACAGACAGCUGUGGGGAUAGUUCCCAGCUAGCUAAUGUUGCUAUCCCUUCACCAGACAGACAGCUGUGGGGAUAGUUCCCAGACAGCUAAUGUUGCUAUCCCUUCACCAGACAGCUAGCUGUGGGGGACAGUUACCAGCUAGCUAAUGUUGCUAUCCCUUCACCAGACAGCUGUGGGGGACAGUUCCCAGCUAGCUAAUGUUGCUAUCCCUUCACCAGACAGCUAGCUGUGGGGGAUAGUUCCCAGCUAGCUAAUGUUGCUAUCCCUUCACCAGACAGCUAGCUGUGGGGGAUAGUUCCCAGCUAGCUACUGUUGCUAUCCCUUCACCAGACAGCUGUGGGGGAUAGUUCCCAGCUAGCUAAUGUUGCUAUCCCUUCACCAGACAGCUGUGGGGGAUGGUUACCAGCUAGCUAAUGUUGCUAUCCCUUCACCAGACAGACAGCUGUGGGGAUAGUUCCCAGCUAGCUAAUGUUGCUAUCCCUUCACCAGACAGACAGCUGUGGGGAUAGUUCCCAGCUAGCUAAUGUUGCUAUCCCUUCACCAGACAGACAGCUGUGGGGAUAGUUCCCAGCUAGCUAAUGUUGCUAUCCCUUCACCAGACAGCUAGCUGUGGGGGACAGUUACCAGCUAGCUAAUGUUGCUAUCCCUUCACCAGACAGCUGUGGGGAUAGUUCCCAGCUAGCUAAUGUUGCUAUCCCUUCACCAGACAGCUAGCUGUGGGGGAUAGUUCCCAGCUAGCUAAUGUUGCUAUCCCUUCACCAGACAGCUGUGGGGAUAGUUCCCAGCUAGCUAAUGUUGCUAUCCCUUCACCAGACAGCUGUGGGGGAUAGUUCCCAGCUAGCUAAUGUUGCUAUCCCUUCACCAGACAGCUAGCUGUGGGGGACAGUUCCCAGCUAGCUAAUGUUGCUAUCCCUUCACAUGACAUAUCUAGGGCCUCUCCAGUCCACCUUUGCGUCAUGUCCACCCUGAUCACAUGAAUCAGGAAAUCUGAGGACUAUUCCAGUUCCACUGUGGUAGACCAGGCAGGGGUUUGAGAAGUCAAAUGAUUCCUUAGUUGUUACUUUUCUCGAAAUCUAAUGGCACAACCUAGAUUAGAGACAAUGUCUUAAGUAGCUGAACAUGUUAUUACUCCCACCUUGUGAAAGUGACACGUUUUACAUUUUCUUCAAAACACAACUUUAUAUUGAAGGAGUGCCUUUGCUUUGACGGCCUGCAACAUGCAAUUCGGCUUGAGACGACCGUUAGGCAUAAUGUCGUGUUUCUACGCAUGGAUUUAGCUAGCCAAGUCGCCAUGACAACGCCGACAAGUGUAAUCGAGGAUUUCUAUUGGAGAAGCAGUUUGUCGAUCUUCAUACUGUAUUGUCUUUACUGUGGUAGCUAGCCAACCAGAGGACAAAGCAGAAGCACUGCACUCUGGGAAACGUAGUCUCCGAAGGCUAUGUUGUAGCAUGGGCGCUUUGAGGACCUCAGGUAGAGGUGUCCAAAGCUCUGCCUGAUGAGACUACACUUUUCUCUGCUGACAGGGACUUCACACGGUCUGGUGGUCCGGGAAGAUUAAAAACUCGGUGAUGAGUGGAUGGAGAAAGGGUACAGCAAGAACAAUAGGAGAGAAAAGAGGGAGGAAACAUUUUUCUGGUGAUGCUGUUUAAUUUGCAUCCCGGUGCUCAGUUCCUGCAGUCGCAACUCUUCACAGUGGAAGGAGGAAAGAAUAACUUACCUGUCAUUUUCAGCCUGGCUUUUAGCCAACGAUCACCAAAUGCUUAGUUUUCGUUUGGCUUGUUAUUUUGUUUAGGCAGGGCUGCAAUUGGCUCAAUAGCUCAUCCAGAGAUCGUCUGUCUCACUAGAACUGCUAAGCAGUUGGACCACUUAGUUGAAGGCACAAUGUCUAAGAGAGGUGGUGUGGGUGUUUACUGAUUUCACUGUCAGACUUAAUAGGUCAAAGAUCCUGAACUGUGGAGAUGACCCAAGCUUUAUAUGGCUGAGCUUCUAGUCUUCUGAGAACCAUGUCAAGUGUGACAGAGCGUACGCUGAUUAAAACCUGUUUUCAAUGCUUUACCAGAACAUUCUAACAGGAAGUAUAACAAACAGUCUCUGGCCUCUCAUUGGCAACCCAAGGGGACUGGUUGGAGUCUUGCGAUGAGAAAUGCAUUGUGGUCUGAUCCUUCACCACCGACUGUUAACACCAGCCUCAUCCUUCCACCGUUAACUAACCCCAGCCUCAGCCUUCCACCGUUAACUAACCCCAGCCUCAUCCUUCCACCGUUAACUAACCCCAGCCUCAGCCUUCCACCGUUAACUAACUCCAGCCUCAUCCUUCUCUCUGUCAGCGAUGGAGAGGAUACUAGAGGAACUGAAGCAUCUUCAGUAAAUUGUUACCUGUGGUUUCUUCCCAAAGUGCACUAAAUUUGACCGGAGCCAUAUGGGACACAACCUAUAGGUUACCCUGUCCGCCUGACCUGUGAGCCAACGCAACUAUUCAACUCAUUGAUGCUGCACUCCUCCAUCCACAGACCCCAUAGCAUUUUUUGUACGAUUCAAAAUAAACUGCCUAACUGA